AUGUCAGGCGGCCUUACAGCACCCAAGGCGUCGCCAGAACGUGCAUCAGAGCUACACGAAUCACUACAAGAGAUCCGGCAACGAGUACGGCAAGCCAUCGCGUCGUCUGCACCCGUAGACAGGCAACCUACGCUCGUGGCGGUCUCGAAGUACAAGCCGGCGUCGGACGUCCUCGCAUGCUUUGAACUCGGGCAGAUUGACUUUGGAGAGAACUAUGUUCAGGAGUUGGUCGAUAAAGCGGAGCAGCUGCCCACGGAAAUUCGAUGGCACUUCAUAGGCACGCUGCAGUCCAACAAGGCCAAAAUUCUUGCGUCGAUACCAAACCUCUACGCCGUCCAGACUGUAACAUCAACCAAGGCCGCUACUGCGCUAAACAAGGCCCUUCCCGCCGAGCGUACCUCCCCUCUCAAUGUCCUCGUUCAGGUGAACACCUCCGGUGAGGAUAACAAAUCCGGGCUGCCCCCUCUCCCGUCCGACGCCACGGAACCCGAUCUCGUGCAGCUCGCGCGGCACAUCAUCGUGCAGUGUCCGCGGCUACACCUGCAGGGCCUCAUGACGAUCGGCUCACUCGCUGAGUCGCUCUCGUCUACGGAAAAGCCAAAUGAGGACUUUGAACGGCUCGUGCGCACGCGCGACCUGCUGCAGGAGGCGCUCGUGCAGGCCGGGUUCUCGACGGACGGGGAUAGGUGGGGUGAGGGAGGGAAGCUAUUGUUGAGCAUGGGCAUGUCGAGCGACUUCGAGGCAGCGCUGAACAGUGGCAGCGAUAUUGUGCGGGUCGGUACCGGGAUUUUUGGUACGAGGCUGCAGAAAGAAGAGAUCAAGUCUGUAUAG